CUUGUGCUGACAGCUAAAGAAAGUCUCACUGGAGAUGACAAGGGGAGGGCAGCCUGGGCUGCAGUGACCAUGAGAUGGUGGAGUGCAGGAUCCUCCAGGGAAGCAGGACACAAGGCAGGGCUGCAGCCCUGGACUUCAGGAGAGGAGGAGAAGGAGCUGCUGAGGGUGCAGCAUAACAGGCAGAGCAGGAGCCAGGCUGCAGCUGAGCUGGAGCAGCCCAAGGCAGGUGACACUGCUGACUAGGCCACCUUUGCCCUGAGCCAUGGCAGCUGAAACCCCCGUGUCAGAGCCCAUGUGCCUGAUUGAGAACAGCCAGGAGAAGGGGCUGGUGGUCCGUCAGGAAGCCCUGCAGGUGCUGUCAGAGAUCACCCAGCCCGUGGUGGUGGUGGCCAUCGCAGGGCUGUACCGCACUGGCAAGUCCUACCUGAUGAACAGACUGGCUCGUGAGAGGAGAGGUUUCUCCUUGAGCUCAACUGUGCAGCCCCAGACCAAAGGUAUCUGGAUGUGGUGCCUACCUCACCCCUGCCAGCCUGGACACACGCUGGUGCUGCUGGACACUGAAGGGCUGGGUGAUGUAGAGGGAGACAUCCAGAAUGACACGUGGAUCUUUGUGCUGGCCGUGCUGCUCUCCAGCACCCUGAUCUACAACAGCAUAGGCACCAUUGACCAGGAAGCCAUGAACAAGCUCCACUAUGUCCUGAAGCUGACUGAGCUUGUCAAGCUGAAAGCAGCACCCCAGAAGAGCAAAAAUGAACUGAAGGAUUCAGAUAAGUUUGUCCUCUUCUUCCCAACAUUUGUCUGGGCUGUGAGGGAUUUCACUCUGCAGCUGAGGAGGAACGGGCAGCCCAUCUCUGAGGACGAAUACUUGGAGAACGCCCUGAAGUUGAAGGCUGGUACCAGCCCAGAGAUCCAAAGCUACAACCAGCCCCGGGAAUGCAUCCGGCAGUUCUUUCCAGGGCGCAAGUGCUUUACAUUUUGCCCACCAGCCAAUUGGAGGGACCUGGAUCGCUUGGAAGAGCUUCAGGAUGAUGAAAUUGACCCUGAAUUCCAGAAGCAGGUGGAGAAAUUCCGCAGCCACAUCUGGAAAACGUCUCCACCCAAGAGUGUGCCCGGUGGGCACAUCAUAACCGGGAUCCUGCUGGGGAAGCUGGCAGUGACCUACGUGGAGGCCAUCCGGAGUGGGGCCGUGCCGUGCGUGGAGAGCGCGGUGCUGGCCCUGGCAACGGUGCAGAACACGGCCGCGGUGACAGAGGCUGCGACCUUGUACCAGGCUCUGAUGGCACAGAGGGUGAAGCUGCCCACAGAGACUCUUGAGGAGCUGCUGGAGCUGCACAGCCAGUGCGAGCGGGAGAUGCUGGAGCUGUUCAUGGCACGGGCGUUCGAGGAUGACAUUAAGACUUUCCAGACACAGCUCUUACGUCAGGUACAGGAAAUCAAAGGAAAGUUCUUAAAGGACAACGAGCAAGCAUCCCGUGAAAAGUGUGAGGCAGCUCUCAGGGACCUCUCCCAAGACACAGAGAGACAGAUCAGAGCUGGUGUCUACAGAGCUCCAGGAGGUUACCAGCUCUUCAAAAAAGACCAGCAGGCUCUGGUCAAGAGAUAUCAGGCACUGCCUGGCAAAGGAGUGAAGGCUGAUGCUGUCCUGCUGGAAUUCCUGCAAAGCAGAGAGACCCUGGCUGAAAAAAUCCUCACUACAGACCUUUCCCUGGCAGAGGAGGAGAGGAAGAUGAGAAGUUCUCAAGAGCAGAAUGCGUUAGCUGAGCAGAAAAAGCAUGUCCAGACAAAGCAGGAGACAGAAAACCAGCAGAAGUCACAGAGCAACGCACGGAGUUUGGAAGAGAAUGCGAACUGGCUGAGAAAGAAGCUGGAGCUCAGCUGUGAGACACAUCUGCAGGAGCAUGAUAAUAUGAUCAGACUAAAAUCAGAGGAGGAGGAUGCGCUGCGCAGAGAAGGCUUCUAUGAGAAAGCUGAGCACAUGCACACAGUGCAAAUUAAACUGGAGGAGGAGAAAACAGGCAUCCAGUAUAAGUUCAAAAAAUGGAUCAGUAUAUUGGUGCCAGCUGUCGUAGCCGUGGGCAAGGCUGUACUUGCGCUUUUGAAAUGAUCAGCUUUAUAAACCCCCGUAGUCAACGAGCAAAGGAGCUGUGUGGCGUGGAGACACACACGUUCAAAUCAAGCAGCUGAAGAAGAAAACCAGAUUUAUCCUCACCAAAAUGAUCAAAUAUUCUAAGACCAAUGGGCUAUAGCUUCCACAUGUUGACUCCUGUCAUCGUGUCCAACUCCAACUUUCAACUCCAUUUUGGGUGUGUGUGUGUUUUUUCCCCAUGAGUGCAGAAGUGCCAGAGUGUGUUGUGUCCCCACAUCCCACCCUGUUCAACUGAGAAAGUCCUUGCUGCAAGAUGCAGAGCAGGGAGGUGACUCCACGCUCACUUGUACCCCGCUGUCUCAUGCUUUCAUGCCAGACGCAGAGCUCAAGCCAAAGCAUUUGUGGUGCCAGGUAGUCUGAAAGUUAAAGGUAAUCCUCUUUAGGUAAAUUGGGAGGAUGUUGCUGAAGAAUUUGAGCUCUUUUCCUGUUGCUUAUUACGAUGAGCUUGUGUGGAGCCGCUUUUGGCUUGGUAACAGGGGGAGGGGGCUGCAGUGCUGGUCCCUGGAAGCAGUUCUCCAAACAUCCCCUGGCUCUGACUCACCUGCAGCCCAGCCAGGCCAGUCUGGCUCCUCUGCAUCAGCACUGAAGAAAGACAAUCUGAGCCAGAAGAGGAGGUGGAGGAGUGGCACAAGAAGGAGGUGACCUCAAGGACCCCACAGUCAGAGGAGGAGGAAGGAAGGAGGAGCACUGGACCAGAGACCCCUCUGCAAGCCGUGGUGAGAAGGCAGCUGUGCCCCUGCAACCCAUGGAGGGCAAUGGCAGGGCUGAGAGCCACCAGCAGCUCUGAGUGAGUGACCCCAAUAGGCAGAGAGUGUGUGAGGAGAGGCCAUGGAACAGGCCGUGCUGGAGCCUGCAGGUCCCAGUGACACACACAGGAGGCUGAGAGGGAUGAAUGCACAUGGAGCGGCCUGAGAGGGGCUGCUAGGUGUGUGAGGGACCCCGAGGCGGAGCAGGGGCAUGGCCAGGAGUCACCUGCCUUGGGGAGAGACAAAUGGCAGGAGCCAUGGGGAAAGGACUGACUGCAACCCCCAUUCCUUUCCCUCCCGGAGCUGUUCAUGGAGAAAGACACAGGGGUCAGGGCUGUGAGCCUGGGGAGAGGGGAAGGAUGGGGGUAAGGUGGUCUCAAAGGGCUGGUUGUGCUCUUCAUCAUUGUGCCACUCUGUUGUUUUGUAUUUGUUACCUUUUUUUGGUUUUCAUGGUUUUGGUUUGUAGUGGAUUAAAUGGUGUUUUGUUUUUCUUCCCCACUGCAGUAGUCCUGUCUGGUUUGCCAGGGGCUGGAAGUGGCAAUGCAGCCCUCCCUCUUCUUAGGGGAUUCCACAGCCUCUUACGGUUCUUAUGGUGGAUUGGGAUCCUUUUGUUUCUAGAUGGGCCUAAACCAUGACAUAAAUGCAUUCAGCCUCAACAGGGCUGGUGACAACACUGA